GACGCUCUAACAUGCCCGGUCCCAUGGCAUCAGCAAAAGCGGCAAGUCGCAAAUGCAAGCGAAAUGCAGACAUCGCGCCGUGUCAGCUCUUGCUUCAGGAGAUGGAUGUUGGCACAGACAAAGCUUCAGCUUCACGCAGCAAGAAGCGAGACAAACAUAACCUGCGAAAGUCUUAGUUCCUCGCCCUACCGGCAGAAAUUUCGUCAGGAGAUCCCCUACCUAAGCACCUAAAACCACACCAUGAUACGCCAGACCAAGCUCUAGCGAUGCGCCGAGACCCUCGCACGUACUUGCAGGGUGUUCCGCGAUGACACCAAGGCCACGUGGAAGCGCUGGUGUGCGACGAGACACGCUUUGCUACAAGAACGUGCGGUGCGAACGGGUGAGCUCGACGGUACAUUAAGGACCUAAUGAUACCCGUGAAGCUGUAUACGGAUUAUAAAGAUCAAUCUCGUCAAAUUCCUGGCGUUAGGCGCAAAGCACGUUACGAUCAUUUGCCUUCUCCAGCCAUGACGGAGCGGAAGAGCGACAUGACAGACACCGAGCCGUCACCAAUAUUGAGGAAAGCUGCAGCAGGUCGCACAACGGACCUUGUUCAACGCCGAGCGACAACGUUGGAGAUAUGGACCCCUCGUUCGGAGGCGGAGGUACGAGAACGGCAGGAGUGGCUUCAACGCAGCGAACGGCAGCAGAAGUCGAUCCAUGUGGGGCACGAAGACUCGACUUGGGCCUCGCAUGGCAUUGGAGUCAAAGGAAGAUUCGAGCACGGCUUAAACAUCGUCCUCACGAUCGGCGGUCUCGGUGGUGUAGUGUCACCGAUGACCCUGCUAGAAGCUGAUUGCAUUUCGCCUCCAUCAUGAGUUACUGCGCCAAUGAUCGCAAGGUGCCUGGCGGAUGUGGACGCACUGUGCUUACGCUGACAGCGACGAAGCGCAAGCCUGAUGAGGGGCUGUAAAGCAGGGACCGUCAACUGACAGUCUCUAGAUCUAGGUCGCUUGCGCGGACAGUCGGCGCUGACGUUUCCGUUGACCGUCGAAAACACUACGGUUGUGAAACGUGGUCAAGAUACCACUGUAAAGUAGCUACUCUUCAGGAAAACGC